AUGCGCUCCUCAGUGGCAUCGUUACUCACCGUGGCCGUGUGGCCGCUACUAGCGUCUGCGGGCAAGUUCAGAGACCGCAUCGAUGCUCGCAACUACCGGUUCGAGAAGUUCUCCCAGCCAGCGCCCGUGCGCAAGUCGUUCGAAGAGCGCUCCGAGUCCUUCAAGUUCAUGAGCAACAGCACCAAGCCUUACGCUGUGGAGUCUCUGCCUGAGGUCAAUUUUGACAUCGGAGAGUUGUACUCCGGCAGUGUCCCAAUCGACUCGAAUGACACUUCGCGGACUUUGUUCUUCGUCUUUGCGCCUAGUCUUGGUGAUUCCGUUGAGGAAGUCACGAUUUGGCUCAAUGGUGGACCUGGUUGCAGUUCAUUGGAGGGCUUCUUCCAAGAGAAUGGCCCAUUCACCUGGCAACCCGGGACCCUUGCGCCUGUUCAGAACCCCUACACCUGGGCAAACCUGACAAAUAUGCUCUGGGUUGAUCAACCCGUCGGCACUGGAUACACCCAAGGCAAUGCAACUGCGACCUCCCAGUAUGAGACCGCUCAGGAUUUCAUCAAGUUCUUCAAAAACUGGGAGGACAUCUUCGGGAUCAAGAACUACAAGAUCUAUGUAACAGGCGAAUCGUAUGCAGGACGAUAUGUGCCAUACAUCUCUGCUGCCAUGCUUGACCAGAACGACACGACCUACUACAACCUUUCUGGAGCUCUAGUAUAUGAUCCUUGCAUCGGCGACUUCAACGCGAUCCAGGAGGAAUAUGUUGCCGUGCCUUAUCUGAUGGAGUAUAACAACAUACUGAACCUCAACGACUCUUUCAUGCAGCAAAUGGAGAGUCUGCAUCAGUCCUGCGGAUAUGCUGACUACAUCGACAAGUACUUGACGUUCCCCGCCUCUGGUGUUCAGCCACCCAUCUACUUCAAUACCUCCGGAUCCAACGCCAGCUGCGACGUUUUUGAUAUGGCCAACAACGCACUUCUUGAGGUGAACCCGUGCUUCGACAUCUACGAGAUCGUCGAAAUGUGCCCACUCCUCUCCGACGUCCUCGGCUUCCCCACCGAGCUCGUCGACAACGUCUACAACCAAACCUACUUCAACCGUAGCGACGUCAAGUCUGCCAUGCACGCCCCAAGCGACAGCGACUGGGCGGAAUGCAAAGGACCUGUAUUCCUUGGUGGCCCUGAAGUUGAUGGCUACUACACUGGCGGACCUCAAGGUGAAGGUGACCUUGCGCCAGACCCAAUUCAGCAUGUGCUCCCGCAAGUCAUCGAGGCCACGAAUCGAGUGCUGGUCGGCAAUGGUGACUUCGACAUGAUUAUCAUUACGAACGGAACACUAUUGUCAAUCCAGAAUAUGACCUGGAACGGCAAGUUGGGCUUUGAUGAGAGACCUAGCACGCCGAUCAACAUCACGCUGCCAGAUCUGCAAUAUGCUGAGGUGUACGAUGAGAAUGGUCUAAAUGGGACCGACGGCGCGCAAGGCGUGAUGGGCAUCCAGCACUAUGAGCGCGGUUUGAUGUGGGUUGAGACAUAUCAGAGCGGGCAUAUGCAGCCAGAGUUCCAACCAAGAGUGGCAUACCGGCAUUUGAGCUGGCUGUUGGGAAGAACGGAGGAGAUCUGA